GGAAGCGGUGCCAGGCUGCAGGCGAGCGCGGAGCAGCAGCCCCGGCACAGAGCAAGGUGCCGCCGCUGCCCAGCUGGCGAGGGCGGAGAGUCGCCCGCGAAGCCCCGGCAGCAGCGGCCCCAGCCCGGCAGCGCGGCGGCUCCCUCCCGGCGCCUUGGGCUCCUGGGUAUAUGUGUGCGCCUGGCCAUGUCGUAUCCUCAGGGUUACUUGUACCAGCCAUCAGCGUCCUUGGCUCUCUACUCCUGCCCGGCGUACAGCACCAGUGUGAUCUCCGGACCCAGGACCGAUGAACUUGGGAGAUCUUCUUCGGGCUCUGCUUUUUCCCCUUAUGCCGGAUCUACCGCCUUUACUGCCCCUUCCCCGGGUUACAACUCCCAUCUUCAGUACGGCACCGACCCGGCCGCCGCCGCCGCCGCCGCCUUCACUUCCUACGUGGGCUCGCCCUACGACCACACGCCGGGCAUGGCCGGCUCCCUGGGGUACCACCCGUACGCGGCGCCGCUCGGCUCCUACCCCUACGGGGACCCCGCGUACCGCAAGAACGCGACGCGGGACGCCACGGCCACCCUCAAGGCCUGGCUCAACGAGCACCGGAAAAACCCCUACCCCACCAAGGGCGAGAAGAUCAUGCUGGCCAUCAUCACCAAAAUGACCCUCACCCAGGUCUCCACCUGGUUUGCCAACGCGCGGCGGCGGCUCAAAAAGGAGAACAAAAUGACCUGGACCCCGCGGAACCGCAGUGAGGACGAGGAGGAAGAGGAGAACAUCGACCUGGAGAAAAACGACGAGGACGAGCCACAGAAACUGGAGGAGAAGGGGGACCCCGGCACGCCAGACACAGGAGCGGCGGAUCCCAAGGCAGCGCAGGGCUGCGAGCGCCUCCAGGAGUCCCCCGGCCCCCGGGAGGCCGAGGGCGGCCUCAGCGACUCGGAUUGCAAAGAGCCGGCAGAGGAGCGGCUCGACGGGCCGGCCGCCCCCCCAAAGGCGCCCGGCGCUUCCCCACUGGGGCCGUGCCCGGCGGGCCGGGGGCUGCCGCCGGCGGGCGCCGAGGAGCCCCCGCCGUACCGCCCGCCCUCCGCCGCCGCCGGGCCGCCGCACGCCGCCGACCUGCACCCGCUGCUGCCCGCCGCCACCGGCGCCUCCGUCAUCCACUCGCCGCAGCAGGCGGCCCUCGCCAAGCCCAAGCUCUGGUCGCUGGCCGAGAUCGCCACCUCGGCGGACAAGGCGAAGGAGGCCGGCGGCGAGGCGGCUCCCCCCGGCCCCGCCGUGCUGGGCGGCGGCGGCCCGUCGCGCUCGCCGCCGCGGCCGCGCUCGCCGCCGGCGCAGUGCCCCUUCCCCAACGGGGCGGUCCUGCCGCGGCCUCUCUACUACACGGCGCCCUUCUAUCCCGGUUACACGAACUACGGCUCCUUCGGGGCCCUGCACGGGCACCCCGCCGGCGGGCCCGCUGCCGCCGCCCCCGGCGCUCACUUCAAUGGAUUAAACCAGACUGUCCUCAGCAGAGCAGAGAGCCUGGCUAAAGACACUAAAAUGAUCAGGAGCCAGUCCCAAGUAGAGCUUUGCAAAGACUCACCUUACGAACUGAAGAAAGGUAUGUCCAACAUUUAAUAUCGGCUUCUCCCCCUUACCCCUCUCGGGACUGUGGUUUUGUUCUUUUACAUUUUUUUUUAAUUUAUUGAGAGAAAUAAUAAAUUGCCGUGGCAGUUAUUUUUCCACUACCAAAAGAAAAAACAAAAACAAAACAAACAGAGAAAGACCAGCUCCCCCCUUCCAGCACCCACUUCGGAAGUUUAGAGAGUGUGUUGGGAAUGGCCGGGUGCAAACCGCCUAGAAAGGGCUUACCCAAGAGAAAACAUGAGUGACACAUGCUCCCUCACACACACAAAGGAGAAAGAUUUGUAUGAAAUCUUAUUCUGUAUAUUUAAUGUAGCUUUUUUUUGUAUUUAAAUUGAUAAUACAGUAUCUUUGAAGUAAAUUAUGAAAUCAAGACACCUGUACAGGCAUUAAUGUUGUUUUCGUAAUAUAAAUAUAUACAUUUCUGUGUC